UGUACACACUGAUAUUGCAAAUACAUUUCUUUCAAAAAUAUCAACAAAAGGUUUUAUAUUAAAUUUGACAAUGAUUGCAAGAAAAUUGAAAAAUCCAGAAUUUCGAUGAUAAGCAUUCCCAAUUGUCGCGCAGCGAAUGUUAACUCUGUCAUUACACACAUAUUCGCGCGUGUAAAUUUUAUCAUUGAAAUUUGUCAAUUAAAUUUUUAUCACUAAAUCGUGCAAAAUAUAUAAUGUCCCGAAAUUAUACAUCUCCUUAUGCUAAGCCACUACACCAAUACCCUUCACAAUCUGGGGAUUACAUAUCAUUAGAAGUUGGCGGUCCAGGUAAGUGUUCUACACCCGCACGACCGCAUUACAGCAACCUGAACAAUAAAGGCAGCGGUGGAAACUUUUAUCAGAAUAGGCAAAGGGGUCGUGGAGGACAACAAAAUCGGUUCUCCGGAGGCUGGCCAAACAAUCGACACAACAAUGGCGGAUAUGGAAUGCAAUGGCAACAGCAGCAGACACCACGAAACUGUGAUUCGGGAGAGUGGCAGUGGCGAGGUGGUGGUGGACACAGACAAAGGAACAAUAGACAAUCUUUUAAUAAUAAAGUUAAGGAUGUAACGGCAUAUGUGCAUCAGUCCAUGCUGGAAGAUCCCUGGAAGGAUUUAAUGGAAAGAAGAGAUGCAAUUAAACGUAGUGAGAUUAACCUGUCAACACCCGCCAAACAAAGUGAACAAACUACAAAUUCCGCAAGCACGGAAGAAAGCGAAAGCGAGGAUACAGAUAUGCAUAACGCUGUUAAUGAAAGCAAAAAUGUUACAGGGAGUCCGUAACACUAAAACUUCAAACGAUAAAAAAAUAAUUGAGUGAACAUAACUAAAAAAGAAAAAAGAUUUAAUUGAGUGUAAUAACUAAGAGUGACUAAAUUUAAAAAAAUAUUAAUUUAUACAAAUUAUGUUUUAAACUUAAAUAAGUGUUAAUAAUUUGAUUAAAAUCCGUAAUUUUUACUUUAUUAGUUAAAAAACUAAAUAAAAAAUUAAAUUACGUUUUCACAGA